GCGUCCUUUGACACGCUUAACCGUUUACGAAAACUGUUUCGCUACUUUUUUGAGGAUAUUUUGAUCGUUUUACCAUGCCAAAUAUUUACAAAAGAUUCAGAAAGUUACGUCGAAGGCGAUACAUUCGCACUUAGUAAUAAUUACAUCGCGAUAGUGUGUGAAACCCAAAAACUAAGCUAGUGCCGUGUAUCCAUCACAUAUAUUUGCUUUAUUGAUAUUCUGAGUGUCACAGGCCUUGUGGUGCCUAUGCAUAUCUUGAGAAUUUGGACAGUGUUCUAGAUUAUUUUAAGGACAUAAAGUUUCUCAUAUUUCGUUGAAUCAUUCAGUAAACACCAUGUCAGAAAUAAUUUACCCACAAGGGUGCAGAUCUGUUACGGAAGAUCUGGGUCCAGAUGAACUGAUUAGACGAUUAAAGACUUUAGCUCACACAUUACAAGCAAUGGGACAAGAUGAAGGAAUGUAUCAGCAGUAUAUACCGCUCGCUUUACAUUUGGCAGAAGAGCAUUUUCUGAUGCAUCAGAGCAAAGAUGUACAACUCCUGAUUGCAUGUUGUAUUGCUGAUGUUCUAAGAGUUUAUGCUCCUGAAGCUCCAUAUAAAGAUGCAGAACAGGUGAAAACGAUAUUCUUGUUUUUGAUUAAACAAUUGGCUGGUUUAAAAGAUCCUAAAGAUCCUGCCUUCAAAAGAUAUUUUUACCUUUUGGAAAAUUUGGCAUAUGUCAAGUCAUUUAAUAUGUGCUUUGAAUUAGAAGAUUGCCAAGAAAUCUUCUGCGCACUUUUCUCUCUUAUGUUUAGAAUAGUAAACGAUGAACAUUCUGGGAAAGUUAAAAGCUUUAUGCUGGAUGUGUUAUGCCCGCUUAUUACGGAAUCAGACAUUGUCAGCAAUGAACUUCUAGACAUUAUACUCAUGAAUAUUGUCGAACCAAAUAAAACACAAAAGAAGAAUGCAUAUUUGCUAGCAAAAGAGCUAGUAAUUAAAUGUAGUGAUACACUGGAACCAUAUAUUCAAGCAUUUUUUAAUCAUGUAUUGAUUUUGGGCAAAGAGGAGAAAAGCUUACAAAUUUGCAAGAAAGUAUAUGAUUUGAUUUAUGAGUUAAAUCACAUAUGUCCAAGCGUCUUGCUGUCCGUCCUUCCACAAUUAGAAUGUAAAUUGAAAUCUUCCUCUGAAACUGAAAGAUUGGGCGCUGUGGCUUUAUUAGCCAGAAUGUUCUCUGAAAAAGGAUCUCAGUUGGCUGUACAACACACGCAGCUCUGGCGAGCAUUUUUAGGAAGAUUUAAUGACAUCAGUGUAUCAAUACGUAUAAAGUGUGUACAAUAUUCGAUGCAUUUUUUACUGAACCAUCCUGAAUUAAGGAAGGAUAUUACUGAUACUUUAAAAUUAAGACAACACGAUGCAGACGAAAGCGUCAGAUACGAAGUUGUCAUGGCUAUAGUGACCACUGCCAGAAGGGAUUUUGAGGUUGUAUCGGAUAGCGAAGAUUUGCUCGAAUUUGUUAAAGAAAGAACCUUGGACAAAAAGUUUAAAAUAAGAAAAGAAGCGAUGGCAGGGCUGGCAAUGAUAUACAAAAAGCAUUUGAAUGAUGCAGAUGUACCGCAAGCUACGAAAAAAGCUGUCACUUGGAUAAAAGAUAAAAUAUUGCAUGGUUAUUACAUGGCAGGCAUGGAAGAUAGAUUGUUAGUAGAGAGGUUAUUAAACACAUGUUUAGUACCUUAUCAGCUACCUGCUAGUGAAAGGAUGAAGAAGCUAUAUCAUUUAUUAGGUACAAUUGAUGAUCAUGCAUCCAAAGCGUUUGUCGAACUUCAGAAACAUCAGCUUGCCGUACGAAGGGCAGUAGUCGAAUGGCUGGAAAUUGUAAAAAAACCAGAUGCUGUGGUGGAAUUGGUAGCAAAAAUUCAUCAGAUAUCACGCUUUCUACCAGACCCUAUGAAGGUGCAAGAAUUUUUACAGAAAUUUAGUGCUCAUAUGAGAAAAGAUACGGCAUUGUUACAAGGGAUGGAAACAAUAGUUCAGCCAAAUGUUUCUUGCAAGGAAUGUGCGGAUACAAUAAGUAUGGUUCUCAAAAAGUUAGGUCAACCAGUAAUGACAAAUUUGUAUUACAACACAAUAAAAAUGUUGUUGGAAAGAGUCAGUUCUGUUAUGAUUGACGAAGAAGCGAUUAGGGUUUUAAUUGGAUAUGUAUUAGAUUGUUUAAAAGGAGGUAACGUGAUAGAAGAAGUCGGACUUAAUCCAAAUAAUGCGGGUGAAAAAGGUCUAAGGUUACUUGUGAUGCUUUCAUUCGUAUUCGGUCCACAUUUUCUUCAUAAUGAUAUUUUGAUGCAACUUGUUCAUCUCUUGGAAUUAGAGGAUGAAAUGGUAGCACCAUUGGUCCUUUCGAUUUUCACAUUUUUAGGAAAAUACAAACCUUUAUGCGACGUGGCGCCAGAUAUCAUGAAUCUUAUGGUUCCAAUAUGUAAAAACUUUGCUGAAACGGGAACACCGAAACAAGCAAAACAAGCUGUCCGGUGUUUAUUUGUUAAUAUGACCAAUAUUCAUGAUACCAUUUUCCCUGAAAUUAUUGAGAGAAUUAAAAAUACUCUUACACCAGCAUCCGAAUAUUAUCGAACAUCUAUAGUCACAUUAGGUCAUAUAGCUUAUAAUUUACCAGAAAAAUAUCAAGUACAAAUAAAAAAUAUGGUGUCUAGAAAAAUAGUCAAAGAGCUAUUAGUAAAAGAAAGCAGCGAACAAACUUCUGAUACCAUUGAUGGAGACUGGUGCAGAGAGGAUCAAUUACCUGAAGAAACGCGUUGUAGAUUAGAAGGCUUAAAAUGCAUGGCACGCUGGUUAUUGGGAUUGAAGACUGAUGUACUCUCUGCACAAAAAACUUUCAGAAUGCUGAAUGCAUUUGUAGUAAAUAAAGGAGACCUUUUACAGCAAGGUCGUUUAAGUAAAGCGGAAAUGAGUUGGUUGCGAUUACAGGCUGGUUGCUCAAUGCUGAAGAUAUGUGAGCAGAAAGGUGUCGGUGACCAAUUUACGGCAGAACAGUUCUAUAAUUUAUCACAACUCAUGGUGGAUGAAGUCCCGCAAGUACGAGAGGCUUUUGGUAGCAAAUUACAUAAAGGACUUGGAAGGGGAAUUCCAAAUAAAUGCUUGCCGCUAGAUUUUAUGGGCUAUUACGCCCUUGCUGGCAAAGAACAAGACAAAAGACUAAAGUGUGUUUUGAAAACUUACAUGCAAACUGAUAUAAAUAAAAGAAGAGAUUAUGUUAAAACAUUGUCAUUGGGUACCGUAGAGCGGGCCAUGGGUCAACUGCCCCACAUUCUUCCUGAUUACAUGUUAGUAUUUGCAGUCCCUAUUCUUGCACACGAUCCUGAAUUUACAAGUCAUUUAAUAGUGACUCAGUUGAAAGUUAUACAGCAAUGUUUAUGGUUCAUACUAGAACCUCUAAUAACAAAAAACGAAUAUUAUUGCUAUGGUUUUUAUAAAAAUCUUAUAGAACGAAUGAAGAGCCACAAAGAUGCUUUGAAGCCUGAGGACAACAACAUAAAUUAUAAACUGUGGGCUGUUUGUGAUUUAGCUAUGAAUGUGAUAUACACUAAGACGACAAAUUUCGAUAUGAAAGAAUUCCCGAGCGAGACACGAAUUCCUACUAUGUACUUCAAGCGUGCAGAUGAAUUAUUAACCAAUAUCAGGAAUUAUUUGCCGGCUGAAAUGCAAAUAAACAUGUUAAGUCCCAAAGGAAAGGGUUCCCUUCACAAUGCACAUUCUGUUAGCGAAAGGCCGCAACGCAGAGCUAAGUCUAAACAGCAAAAAGAAGUGGGUAUCGGGCCAAAUGAAACUGAUGCAAGGCUGCAAAUUGGAGAAGUGGAAUGCAUUGAUGCACAGCCAGCGGAAGCGUCAGAAACUAGAAUUCAAUUACCUGGUUUAGAAGAAGAAAUCGAAGAACCACCAGCAAAGAGGGCAUUAAGAGAAUCGGAUAAAGUAAAUAAAUAAUUAAGUGAAUGAACUGUAUCCAAGGGGAUAUUAGGAAUAGGGGAAAGACUUAAGGGACGUGAUGAUCAUAAAAAUUAAAGAAUCUAAAAAUACCUUACAAAUUAGAAAACAGAAUAUUUUGGUUAUGUACAACAAUUAAUAAACCUGUCGUUGGCGUAUGUCUAGACAGUAAGAUGUUAAGAUAAUUAUACAUUAACGCGAAAUAAUUAAUACGUGUAGGCUUACGACUGAAAAAAUUUUGUGGGGUUGAAACAAAUUUAAUAAUUGGUUGUUUUACAUCAUUUCGAAAAUGUUAUUUCUUUUAAUUACGAAAGGAUAGAUAAACUCAUUCUUGUUUAAAUGUCUUUAUAUGUUAACUAAAGCAGUAGCACAUUCAACGAUAUUAAACUAUGAUUCCUUCACAAUCGAUAAAUGUAUAAUGAACAUUUCUCUUUUAUAGAUAUCUUGAAUAAUGUUUCCUAAUCAAAGGUCUUUCUUCCUUGUGAAAUAUCUGACAAUUGUUGUAUUGUUCACUUUUGCACUAAUGAAUAUAAAUGUUUAUACCAUUUCAUGCGUAUUUUCUUUUCACGGAUAAGCAACCGAGACUGCAUAAAAAAAAAAUAUGUUUUAACGAACGGUUUGUAAAUCGUAAAAUCCAUGCUUCAUGAUAGUAGUAUUGUCGGAUUUAGUUUUCAUUGUUAAUUAAAAGUAACUGAUGAUAAGUUUAUUGCUAACGAAAUUCAUUAGAAUACAUGUUUAUAUACGCAGAAGGGAACAACAUAACGUUAUUGGAUUUCUGUAAACAUUGUGUUCUAGAUAAAAGGGUGUGUGUCAAUUGGUUUUGUGAUCCAAAGUUGUUUCUUUCUAUUAAUUUGAUUAUCAUUAUUAUUAAUAUAAUUAUAAUUAUUUUAUUGCUAUUAUUAUUAUUAUUACUUUAUUGAGGACAUCAUCCAGCUCUGACGAUCACUAUUUUGUAAUAAGACGUAUACUGUCUCGUAAAAUUAUCUGUUUAUGUUUUAAUUGUAAAAUUAACUUAAAAUAUUUGAGAUUUGGUCAGCGCACGGCCGCUAAUAAUUAACUUAUUUCAAACAAGGUGACCUUAUAAAUACUUCAAUAGUAUCUAUACAUGUAUACAUAUAAAUAGUGCGAAUAGUGCGCAUUAAUAUAAAAAUUAUUUGUUAAAGGUUUUUGUUAUGCAAACAUAACGGGAACGUAUCAUUAUUAUGAUAAUCCAUUAAAGAAGUUCAUCAUCCUUGUACGUGACAGUUAUUCCUGUAUCACUGUCAUCAUUGUAUAUGUAUUAUAAAAUAAUUUCGUAUCACUUCAGUUCAAAUUUGUAUCCAAAAGCUUUUCUACAUUCGAAAACUACAGCACGAGUAUUAUUCUUAUGACCCGAUAUAACAGUUUCAAUAGCUUUUAUACAAAUAUUCAUUUGUUUACGAGAAAUUAGAAUUAUUAUGCAUUUUAUAAAUGUCUCUUAUUAAUUCGAGACGGCUUGCACGCCAAUGGGAAAACCGUUGUAUUUAUAAAUAUUUAUGUAACAAUAAUUCGAUAUACACGAGUGGGUUUUAACUUAUGUAUUCUCAUUUAUUAAAUUUGGCAUUUUAGUAUAAAUUACUUUCAAGUAAUGUUUCAAUUAAUCGUCAUUACCAUAACCACCAUUUAAAAAACACUUUACUUAUAGAAUCUAUCAGAAAUUCUGACGUAAUGGACCAUUCGUUUAAAAUUUCGUACAAAUUUAAAUGUUAUAAGUAAACAAGUAACUUAACUUUUGCGGGGACGGAGAAGAAGUUGGAUACAAAUAUGAAUAGAGUUCUCGAGUAAUUUAAAAUGGGCCUAGGUUUUAUAAAAAUUUCCUUUCUCAACAUUAGAAUUAUUAGGAUUAAGCAUUAAACUGUAUUAAACCUAAGGAUGAAUGGGAAUUGCGUAUGAGGUCGUGAAUGUCAAUGAAUGUUUGAUCUUAUUAUCUAAACAUUAUAGAAUUAACACAUACCUAUUACCUCUUCACUAAAAUUUCAGUACAAUGCAAAUAUUACAAUUCUCAAUUUCUUUCGUAAAACAUCAA